UUCGGAAAAGGUGACGUUUUCAUUUAUUUAGUCAAUAAUUGCGAUUGUUUCCACCGAACACUCAAAAUUCGCAAGAAAAACGCCGAAUGAAAUAUUAUAACGAAAAAAUUCAUCUAAAUGAAUUUCAAUUAAAUUCACAGAACAAAAGGACGAAUUUAUAAUUUAAGAUAGAAUAGCAUAGAACAUGGAUACCAAACUAGAUAUGCACGAUGGCGACGAUUAUUCACUUGCAGGGGAUAUGUCCAUACCGUCAGCACGAAGGAAUAAUGCACAACCCGGUCAACCAGAUUUCAAUACAUUAGACGAACCGAUCAAAGAAACAAUUAUGCGCGAUGUUAAAUCAGUUACUGCGAAAUUCUAUCACGUUUUAUAUCCAAAAGAAAAAUCAACAUUACUCAAGGAGUGGGAUCUUUGGGGCCCGUUACUGCUUUGUACAUUCAUGGCAACAAUACUUCAAGGAACAGCAGACAUAACAGACUCAAAAGGUGAUGGUGGACCACAAUUUGCACAAGUUUUUGUGAUCGUUUGGAUUGGAGCGAUGAUAGUCACACUCAAUUCUAAAUUACUCGGUGGCAAUAUAUCAUUUUUCCAGUCAGUGUGUGUGUUAGGGUAUUGCUUGGCACCUGUGGCCGGGUCUUUAAUCGUGUGCUCUGUACUGCUAUUCAUUGAACAAACUAAAUUUAUAUUUUUCUUACGGCUCGUGGUUACAUUGAUUGGCUUUUUAUGGUCAUCCUAUGCCGCAUACGUUUUCCUGGGUGAUAGUCAGCCACCAAAUCGGAAACCGUUAGCUGUGUAUCCCAUUGUUUUAUUCUACUUUAUUUUAUCUUGGCUUGUAAUAUCACACUCCGCCACCUAAAUUCAAAUAUAUGUGUUUAUAUUAGAUAUUAGUUGAUAACUGUAAAUUAUGUGAAUUUAAGUUUAUCGUAUCAAUUGAGAACAAUCCAAUGUUUGCAACAACAAAAAAACUGUAUGAAAACGAGUGUGUGU